AUGGGAAAAUCUCGGCCUCAAAAGAAUAAGUCUUCCAAAUCUCGACAAAAAUCCGUCCUCGGCCCUGGUGGCACAGUCUCAAUUCAAAAAAUGGCCCAAGACCCUUCUACACUCCUCGACGAAGCCAACAUCCUCCUCCAAACAGGCCGGAUUGAAGGCGCUCUGGCAAAUGCCGAACAGGCGCUAGAACUUAUUGGAAGCGACACUGCAUCGCUCCCCGCAUUGAACAUUCUCGGAGAGAUCAAUGUCGAGCUAGGCGAUAUCGAUGCCGCUAGGCAAUAUUUUCUACGCGCGGUUCAAUUAGAUCCUAAUGGCUCGAUAUUGGAAUCUGAGGGUGGAGGCUCUGAAAAAUUCCUGUGGCUUGCGCAAUUAAGUGACCAAGGUGGAAUUGAUAGUGUCCAGUGGUAUGAAAAGGGCGUUAGUUCCAUGCGACAGACUCUGCAAUUACCGGAGAGUAAAUCGAGCCCCGCGGAUCUCGCUCUGAUUGAUGAGAAGAAGACCAAGUUAGCAAAUGCACUUUGUGCCGUGGCUGAGAUCUAUAUGACCGAUCUAUCUUGGGAAGAAGAUGCAGAGGCCCGUUGCGACGCUCUUAUUACCGAAGCUCUACAAGUCACCCCUGAUGCGCCAGAGGUUUUGCAGACUCUCGCAUCAAUCCGGAUUUCACAACUGCGGACUGAAGAGGCUCAAGUCGCGCUUAAAAGGAGUAUCAGCCUUUGGAAGGACUUGGCUCCUGAAGACCUCAAGAUACCAGACUUUGCUGUUCGUAUCAGCCUUGCGCGACUCUUAAUGGAAGUUUCAUUAGAAUUUGAGGCUCUAGAGGUUCUGGAGCGUCUGAUUCUCGAAGACGACCAAAGUGUAGAGGCUUGGUACCUUGGCGGCUGGUGUCUCUAUCUGCUGGCAGAAAAGAAACAGGCACCGAAGGACAUCGAGGUUGUCGACGCUACCGAAUCACGACAUGCCUCGCUGAUUGCCAGUCGCGAAUGGCUCAAACAGGGUUUGAAGCUUUACACUCUACUUGAAUACGAAGAUGAGCGACUCCGAGACCAUGCAUUGGAGCUAGUGCAAGGAAUCACCGCUGAAAUUGGCGAGGAUGAUGAAAGCGAGGCAGAAGGUGAAGGUGAAGGGGAAGGAGAAGAUUGGGAUGAGGAGAUUGAGGCUGACUCUGAUGAAGAUCACGAGAUGGCUGAUUCAUAG